AUGGAUCAGCUGCGUCAGGAAGCCCGUGCAGUCCUGCAGCGCAAUCCAUGGAAGCGACCUGAUUUCUUGCGGUCGGUCUUCGCCGCAACAGCAAAGAAUGGAUUGGCCGAUCUGUGGCAAGACUUGGCAUCUCACGAUAGCGACACUCAUAUUGAUGUUUGUGAGAAUCUUUACACGGCGUUUUGCUUUGUCGAUGGCUGGGACACACUCCUGCCAAACGACCAAGGGCCAAGACAGCUAAAUAGAGCUGACACAGAGGCUGUCACGCGAAUCUUGCACUGGGCUAGCGCUCUGGCGUUGCCAUCUUCAGCCUUUGCGACUGAGUUUGACGAUUUCACAGAGACAACUCAGGCAAUCAAGAGCGCGCAGGAGGACAGCCGGUUGAGAUCUACUCUGGCGAUCCAGCUCAUUCUACAACUGUCCGCAAAGGCGCCUGCUUGUCUGGAGGAUCGCUCCAUUGUGAGCGCACCUGAUGUCGUGCUGGCUGCAGCCUGCUUCACCGAUCAGAGCGAUCCAUGGACGGCAGAAGACUCAUAUGAGGAGGCAAGCAUGUAUCUCAAUGUUGCUUUGCAACGCGAAAGAUGGCCAAUCAUCGAGAAACUUCUGAAGGAGAAGUUGAGACCAUUGUUUACCAAGAUCAAAAAUCCGGCUAUCACCACUGAAGGACGGAAGAACUUCCAUCCUACGCCACUCAGUCGAUUUGAUGGAAAUGUCCUCAACGACGAACUGAAGCCUUGGAAGUUCAAUGACAUCUACGCUACCAGGAUUCUAGCAUGGAUCAUUUCGCAGUAUCAGUCCAGCAACAAAUCGGAACUUGAAGCUCAUUUCCCCCUUAUGGUACCAGCGCUUUUGGCGUUGAUUGAUGACAACAGCCUCACAUUCAAGCGAAUCGGGUGUGAGCUAUUCAGCAAAGUUCUCCAGCCAAUCCAAAAGAGUGGCUCUGAUAUUCUCGUCCGCACCAACUUGACAUCGGUCUUCGAAGAUGCAAUAGCACCUUGUCUUCUCUCCCUACCAACCAUUACUCCAGAAGAUGACUCCCUCAAGCUGCUUGGCGCCGCGUAUCCAGCGCUACUCUCGCUGUUCCAGACAGCAUAUAAGGCACCACCGCCGAAAAGCUCAACAGAUCAGGCUGAGAAGGCGAAAGAGACGUAUAUCGCCAAGGUAACCAAGAUCCUGCGCUCGAAUCUCGUUUCCUCUUUCCAUCACAUAAGCUCUUCCACACCGGCGACUUUGUCCACAUCUGCUUCAUUUCCCCAUCCGCGUCUUUCAGCGUUCCUUGUGGAAUGGAUGAUUGUCUUCAUCAAGGAGCUCGGGAUUCACACUACCAAAUACCUUCAAGAACUUGUUCCCGUGGUCUACGCGACGUUGUGCAAUCCUUUCGGCACUGCCUAUCCGCCUCUCCUUCUUGCUGCAACAUCCGCUACUAAAUUCCUGGUCCUCAAUGCCCAUCCCCGAAUUUGGAGAUGGCGCGGUGAGCUUCUGGGGGCUUUAUGCGCGUGCUGGUUACAGAUCAUUGGCGAAAAAGAAGACAAGGAGAAGGAGAGUGGGAAAGGGAACCCGACGAAGACUCGUUAUUUGGCACUGAUCAGCAAAGAAUUACAAGUCACUGUGUUCGUUCUGAAAAAGGCGUUGCAGAAUCCUGUCCCACUCGGUUCCGUUGAGCCAGAUGCAGAUCAAUUACACACAAGGGAAGCCUUGCAGCAGGAGCUGCAGACGUUGAUAGAAGCGGAUAGUGAGCUGAACGGCUUACUGUUUGCCAAUGUACAGCCAUAA